CUCGGCGUGGGGGGCGCCAUCUUGUGCCCUUUGGAUGAAUGAACAAGCGACGCGAAAGAGUCCAUCCGGUUUGCUCCUCGGCUUCGUUCUUCAGCGUGGCCGACCAUGGGGAUCGACCUCGUCCACCUCUUGCUCCUUCUGUGCCUGGGCAGAGCGGCCCUGGCAGCUCCCGAGCUGAUCAAUGAAGACGUAAAGCGGACCGUGGACCUCAGCACACACCUGGCCAAAGUGACGGCCGAGAUAAGCCUGGCCAACUCCGCCGGGAGCUCGGCGUCUGCCACGUCUUUCCUCCUGGCUUUGGACCCCGGCUUGGAGAGCCACCUGGCCUACCUGGGGGCGCAGGUAAAAGCUGAAGAAGAGGAGGAAAAUAUCCUGGAGGUAAAGGAGACAAAAGUAAAAGGUAAAAGUGGCAAAUUCUUCACUGUGAAAUUGCUGGCUCCUUUGCCUCCAGGUGGAAAAAUUCGUUUAUCUAUUGAAACCGUUUUCACACAUGUCCUGCAACCCUACCCCACACACAUCUCUCAGGCAGAGAAGCAGUUUGUGGUUUUUGAAGGUAAUCAUUAUUUCUACUCUCCAUAUGUAACCAAGACCCAGACAACUCGUGUGAAACUGGCCUCAAGAAACAUUGAAAACUACACCAAGUUAGGCAAUCCCAGCCGCUCAGAGGAUAUGAUUGAAUAUGGACCCUUCAAGGAUGUACCCCCAUACAGUGAGGAUAACCUUAAGAUACAUUAUGAAAACAACAGUCCAUUCCUGACGAUUACCAGCAUGAUACGUGUCAUUGAAGUGUCUCACUGGGGUAAUAUUGCAGUUGAAGAAACAGUUGACUUAAGGCAUACAGGAGCUGUACUCAAAGGACCCUUCUCCAGAUACGACUAUCAAAGACAGCCAGAUAGUGGAAUAUCUUCCGUGAAAUCUUUUAAGACGAUCCUUCCUGCUGCUGCUCAAGAUGUGUAUUACAGAGAUGAAAUUGGCAACAUAUCUACCAGUCAUCUUCUUGUCUUGGAUGACUCAGUGGAAAUGGAGAUUCGCCCUCGUUUCCCUUUGUUUGGUGGUUGGAAGACACACUAUAUAAUUGGCUACAAUUUGCCCAGCUAUGAAUAUCUCUUUAAUCUUGGUGAUCAGUAUGCUCUGAAGAUGAGAUUUAUUGACCAUGUUUUCGAUGAGCAAGUUACAGACUCGUUAACUGUAAAGAUUAUUCUUCCAGAGGGUGCCAAAAAUAUUCAUGUGGACAGUCCAUAUGAUAUCAGCCGGGCUCCUGAUGAACUUCACUAUACCUAUCUUGAUACAUUUGGCCGUCCAGUCAUUGUGGCACAUAAGAGUAACCUAGUUGAACAACAUAUCCAAGAUAUUGUGGUACAUUACACCUUUAAUAAAAUCCUGAUGUUGCAAGAACCUCUGCUGGUAGUUGGAGCAUUCUACAUCCUAUUCUUUACAGUGAUUCUGUAUGUGAGGUUGGAUUUCUCCAUCACUAAGGAUCCAGCAGCAGAAGCUAGGAUGAAAGUUGCUUGCAUUACAGAGCAAGUUCUAACUGGAGUGAAUAAGAGACUAUGUCUUUACCGCCUUUUUGAUGAAGCUGUGAAUAAGUACAAGCAGUCACGCGAUAUUUCUACUCUGAAUAGUGGCAAAAAGUCUCUGGAAGUUGAACAUAAAGCCUUAACAAAUGAAAUAGCCUCAUUGCAAUCCAAGUUGAAGAUGGAAGGUUCUGACCUAUGUGACAAAGUCAGCGAAAUACAGAAGCUGGAUAGUCAAGUCAAGGAGCUGGUUGUAAAAUCAUCUUUGGAGGCCGAGCGUCUGGUUGUUGGCAAACUUAAGAAGGAUACGUACAUAGAGAAUGAUAAGAUCCAUUCCAGCAGGCGUCAAGAGUUGAUCAGCAAAAUUGACAACAUUCUCGAUGCACUAUAAGUUAGGAUUUAAAAAUUGGGGUAAUGUGAGGGAAGAAUGCAAGGCAAUUGUAUGGGUAUACUGAGCCAUACUAAUUUAGAAAGUAAGAGAGCAGCAAAUAAGUAUGCCUGGUGUUUAACAUGGGGGUGGGGAGGCUUUUUUUUUCCUUGUAAACCUGAAUUUGGAAUUUGAGGUUUGUUAUUUUGGGGCAUGUUUGCAUUGCUGUAUGGAGGAGGUUGGAUACUACGUUGGCUCAACACAACUUUUGUCCUCCCAUAAAGUUCCAAGUGUUAAUUAUUAUGACUUCCGAGUCUGUUGUAAAGUCCCCUAAUCGCCAGUAGAGAAACAUGCACACAGGUCCUCUUCGGACACUGGAUAUCUCAGAAGACAAUAAAUACAAUUAUUUUUUCCAAAGGUUUGAUGUCAAAUCUUUUUCUCUUCCGUUUGUAAUUUGGGGAUGUAACUAUGGAUAAAUAAUUGAAAAGGGUUUUUGUAAUACUUGUUGCACAGAUUGCGAUUUUUUUACAUCUGAAUUUUCUGAGCCUCUCGAAUUUAUAGCAUCAGGACAAUAAGAUAAGAUCAAUUUGCUUAUAAGCCUGUGCUUUUUUCUCAGACAGUUGGUUUCUUUGAGAAAACAAAACUUAAAUAAAGACAUACGGAUGUUUUA